AUGUCAAAAGAAGUAGUAAUAAUUUAUUUAUACUAUGAUAGAGGUCUAUUUCAGCUCAUGACCCUAUGAUCAAGAAUGCAAAAUUCUAGACUUAAAGAAAGUAUUCAAUAUUCUAAUCUAGUUAUGUAAAUGUUUCCAAAUUUUGGCCAGAAAACGAUUAUCAUGAUAAAGAAACUCUAUAUUUUCAAUUAAAGACUUUGAAAGAAGAAAUCAACUUCAUGAGAACAGAGAAUAUCAAGUUAAAAACUCGCAUUUUAUAAUAAGAUGUAUUGUAAAUUUUAAUUUGUUAGAAAGAACUCUAGAAUAUUAAUAAGUAUUUUGAAGAUCAAUAAUUCAAACAGAAUCCUUUGUCUAAAAAUCAUGAGUAUAUCAUCUAAUAGAUCAAAAAAUAAAAUAAAGAUUUAUAGCAGCAAUUAUCAGAGAAAUUGUAUAUCAUCGAAUAAAUGAAAAAAAAUAUAAAGGUUACAAAGAUAUAAGAAAUCUAGAUUCAAAAUUAACUAUAUAAGGAAGAAAUUAACAAAUUGAAAAAGAUGUUAUUGGAUUAAGAAAACAACAAUAAAGAGUAUAUUCAUAUAUUAUUUCCAAGAUUCUUAAAUCAAUAGACAAUGAUAAAGGAGAAUUUCUUAAAAACCUAAUAGGGAUUUAUCAAAUAACAAAAUGAAAUUAAUGAUUUGAAAUAAUAAUAAUAAAAUGAUUAGUAGAAAAUCAAUUAAUUAUAAGUAUUUUGUUUAGAUUUAUUAGAAUGAAGUUACAAAAUUAAAUCAGAUUAAACUCAAUUUAGAGGAUAAAAUAAAAAGAAUGACUACAGAAUAAAAUAAAAAGAGUUCUACAAACUCCUUUAGAAGUAAUAAACUUUAAGCAACAACUGAAAUAUCUUGCACUCAACUUAAAUCUAAAACUCAAGAUGAACUUUAAUAUAAACUAAUAAUUAGAGGUAUCACGCAUGAAUAAUUCACAUAAAUGAUCUAAGAAUUAAAAUAGCAGGCAAUUGAUUUAAAAAAACAAAUUGAAAAGGAAGACAUUGAAUAUAUAUUAAGUUAAGAGCCUUUUAGUUUAGGUUAAGACAGAAUAUAGGAAGUGAUUAAAUCAUUAUCAUAAUCUGGUAAUAGGUUAGCAGAUAAUUUAUUGAAUUAAAUUGGAAAAUAUAAGACAUUUGUUGAUUUUCCUGAUUUUAAAAUUUAGGAAGCUGAGAAAAUCAUUAGAUAAACUUUGAAAUAGCCAGAAAUAACCUAGUAUUUAUAAACUAAACAGAUUUAACUCUGGAAUAAAGAAGAUGUUGCUUAGAUGAUAAAAUGUUUAAAGAUCAAUUGGAGUGAACCUGUCUUAUUGUUCUAUAUCUUGAAUGUAUAAAAGUUUAUCGAUUUUAUAGUUAUUUGAAAAAUCUGGCUAAGUACUCGAAUUUAAAAAUGAGACCAUUAUUGACCCUUUUCCAUAAUUGAUACAGAAAGAGUCUUCAAGAAUAAUAGAAGAAAGUGAAGAAGACUUAUUUGAAUAGCUAUCUGAUAAAUCUGAAACUGUUAUAAUUUAAGAUACUGAUCAAUAUAUCACAUGA